CGGGGGAAGCGUCCAGAGGGGCUCUGCGCUUGCUCACAGCCAGGCUCCUCCCUACAUCUAUGUCUCCCCAGCCAUGAGCUUCCUGCUUUCUCGCCCACCACUCUAUCUUCCUACCGAACACCUUAAGUGGAGAAGGAGCCUGCGAGAGGGUACAAAUUCUCCUUGGGCCUCCGGCGACUGGAGUUUUACAUUGUCACGCUGGCCCACAUUCAGCCUUUAGCAGUUUGUUUAGACUUUUAGCUGAUUUGUCCUUCCGAGUGUGUGUGGUGCCCAGAAGCAUCUCUCUUCGGUGAACAGCCAGAACAAUGCAUCGAGGCUUGAAGUGAAAGAACUAUCUUGAUGUCAUGGCAACAGAAGCCAACAACAAGGAUGGUAGUGCAAGAACCCAGAAGGGCCCAUGAUCAGAGCUUUCCAGAUCAAGUCUUUCACAUCCCUGCGCUUCCUGUCGGAGCCCUCGGAUGCCGUCACUAUGCGCGGAGGGAACGUCCUCCUGAACUGCUCCGCGGAGUCUGACCGGGGAGUCCCCGUCAUCAAGUGGAAGAAAGACGGCAUCCACCUCGCCUUGGGAAUGGACGAAAGGAAGCAGCAACUUCCAAAUGGGUCUCUGUUGAUACAAAACAUACUUCACUCCAGGCACCAUAAGCCGGACGAGGGACUUUACCAAUGCGAGGCGUCUUUAGGGGACGCUGGGUCAAUUGUUAGUCGGACAGCAAGAGUUGCAGUAGCAGGACCCCUGAGGUUCCUCUCCCAGACAGAAUCUAUCACAGCUUUCAUGGGCGACACAGUGUUACUCAAGUGUGAAGUCAUUGGGGAGCCGAUGCCAACAAUACACUGGCAGAAAAACCAGCAAGACCUGACUCCCAUCCCUGGCGACUCCCGAGUGGUGGUCUUGCCCUCUGGAGCCUUGCAGAUCAGUCGACUUCAACCAGGGGACAUUGGGAUCUAUCGAUGCUUAGCCCGGAAUCCAGCCAGCUCAAGAACAGGAAAUGAAGCAGAAGUCAGAAUCUUAUCAGAUCCGGGACUGCACAGGCAGCUGUAUUUUCUGCAAAGGCCAUCAAAUGUAGUAGCCAUCGAAGGAAAGGAUGCUAUCUUGGAGUGCUGUGUUUCUGGCUAUCCUCCCCCAAGUUUUACCUGGCUACGAGGAGAGGAAGUCAUCCAACUCAGGUCCAAAAAGUAUUCUUUAUUGGGUGGAAGUAACUUGCUUAUCUCCAAUGUGACAGACGAUGACAGUGGAACUUACACCUGUGUUGUCACAUAUAAAAAUGAGAAUAUUAGUGCUUCUGCAGAGCUCACAGUCUUGGUUCCGCCCUGGUUUUUAAAUCACCCUUCCAACCUCUAUGCCUAUGAAAGCAUGGAUAUUGAGUUUGAAUGCACAGUCUCUGGGAAGCCUGUGCCCACUGUGAAUUGGAUGAAGAAUGGAGAUGUGGUCAUUCCUAGUGAUUAUUUUCAGAUAGUGGGAGGAAGCAACCUGCGGAUCCUUGGGGUGGUGAAGUCGGAUGAGGGCUUUUAUCAGUGCGUGGCUGAAAAUGAAGCAGGAAACACCCAGACCAGUGCACAGCUCAUUGUCCCUAAGCCUGCCAUCCUGAGCUCCAGUGUUCUCCCAUCCGCUCCCAGAGACGUGGUCCCUGUCCUGGUCUCUAGUCGGUUUGUCCGUCUCAGCUGGCGCCCACCUGCAGAAGCAAAAGGGAACAUUCAGACUUUCACGGUCUUCUACUCCAGGGAAGGUGACAACAGGGAACGAGCAGUGAACACGUCGCAGCCCGGGUCCCUCCAGUUCACCGUGGGGAACCUGAAGCCAGAAGCCAUGUACACCUUCCGGGUUGCAGCCUACAACCAGUGGGGGCCUGGGGAGAGCUCUCAGCCCAUCAAGGUGGCCACUCAGCCUGAGCUGCAAGUUCCAGGGCCAGUAGAAAACCUGCAAGCUGUAUCUACCUCACCUACCUCAAUUCUUAUUACCUGGGAACCCCCUGCCUAUGCAAACGGUCCAGUGCAAGGUUACAGACUGUUCUGCACAGAAGUGUCCACGGGAAAGGAACAGAAUAUAGAGGUUGAUGGGCUAUCUUAUAAACUGGAAGGCCUGAAAAAAUUCACGGAAUAUAGUCUUCGAUUCCUAGCUUAUAACCGGUAUGGGCCAGGAGUAUCUACUGACGACGUGACAGUGGUUACGCUUUCUGAUGUGCCAAGUGCCCCUCCUCAGAACGUCUCCCUGGAAGUAGUUAAUUCGAGGAGUAUCAAAGUAAGCUGGCUGCCUCCUCCAUCAGGAACACAAAAUGGAUUUAUUACCGGUUAUAAAAUUCGGCACAGAAAGACAACCCGCAGGGGUGAGAUGGAAACACUGGAGCCAAAUAACCUCUGGUACCUGUUCACAGGACUGGAGAAAGGAAGUCAGUACAGUUUUCAGGUGUCAGCCAUGACAGUCAAUGGCACUGGCCCCCCUUCCAACUGGUUCACAGCAGAGACUCCAGAGAAUGAUCUUGAUGAGUCUCAAGUUCCUGACCAGCCAAGCUCUCUUCAUGUGAGGCCCCAGACCAACUGCAUCAUCAUGAGUUGGACCCCUCCCUUGAACCCAAACAUUGUGGUGCGAGGUUACAUCAUUGGAUAUGGUGUCGGGAGCCCUUACGCUGAGACAGUACGUGUGGACAGUAAGCAGCGCUACUAUUCCAUUGAGAGGUUAGAGUCAAGUUCCCAUUAUGUCAUCUCCCUAAAAGCUUUUAACAAUGCAGGAGAAGGAGUUCCUCUUUAUGAAAGUGCUACCACCCGAUCUAUCACAGAUCCCACUGACCCCGUUGAUUAUUAUCCUUUGCUUGAUGACUUCCCCACCUCGGUCCCAGAUGUCUCCACCCCCAUGCUCCCACCAGUAGGUGUACAGGCUGUGGCUCUUACCCACGAUGCCGUGAGGGUCAGCUGGGCAGACAACUCUGUCCCUAAGAACCAAAAAACGUCCGAAGUGCGACUUUACACUGUCCGGUGGAGGACCAGCUUUUCUGCGAACGCCAAAUACAAGUCAGAAGACACAACGUCUCUGAGUUACACAGCAACGGGCCUCAAACCAAACACCAUGUAUGAGUUCUCAGUCAUGGUCACGAAAAACAGAAGGUCCAGCACCUGGAGCAUGACCGCACAUGCCACCACGUAUGAGGCAGCCCCGACCUCUGCUCCUAAGGAUUUGACAGUCAUUACUCGAGAAGGGAAGCCUCGCGCUGUCAUCGUGAGCUGGCAGCCUCCCUUGGAAGCCAAUGGGAAGAUUACUGCUUACAUCUUGUUUUAUACCUUGGACAAGAACAUUCCAAUCGAUGACUGGAUUAUGGAAACAAUCAGUGGUGAUCGGCUUACUCAUCAAAUCAUGGAUCUCAACCUGGACACUGUGUAUUACUUUCGAAUCCAAGCACGAAAUGCCAAAGGAGUGGGGCCUCUCUCGGAUCCCAUCCUCUUCAGGACUCUGAAAGUGGAACACCCUGACACAAUGGCUAAUGACCAAGGUCGCCAUGGAGAUGGAAGUUAUUGGCCAGUUGAUACGAAUUUGAUUGAUAGAAGCACUCUGAAUGAACCACCCAUUGGCAAGAUGCACCCUCCACACGGCAGCGUCACUCCUCAGAAGAACAGCAACCUGCUUGUGAUCAUCGUGGUUGCCGUUGGCAUCAUCACAGUGCUGGUGGUGGUGGUGGCGGCCGUGGCUUGCACCCGGCGUUCUUCAGCCCAGCAGAGAAAGAAACGGGCCACCCACAGCGUUGGCAAAAGGAAGGGCAGCCAGAAGGACCUCCGGCCCCCGGACCUGUGGAUCCAUCAUGAAGAAAUGGAGAUGAAAAAUAUCGAGAAGCCGCCUGGCACAGACCCGACGGCGAGAGACUCCCCCAUCCAGAGCUGCCAAGACCUCACGCCCGUCAGCCACAGUCAGUCAGAGACGCAGCUGGGGAGCAAAAGCACCUCUCAUUCAGGUCAAGACACAGAAGAAGCAGGGAGCUCCAUGUCCACUCUGGAGAGGUCACUGGCGGCACGCCGAGCCACCCGGGCCAAGCUCAUGAUCCCUAUGGACGCCCAGUCCAGCAAUCCUGCUGUCGUGAGUGCCAUCCCUGUGCCAACCCUAGAAAGUGCCCAGUACCCAGGAAUCCUUCCAUCACCCACGUGUGGAUACCCCCACCCACAGUUCACCCUCCGGCCUGUGCCAUUCCCAACACUGUCAGUGGACCGAGGUUUCGGAGCAGGAAAAACGGUGAGUGAAGGACCAACCACCCAACAGCCACCCAUGUUGCCCCCAGCGCAGCCUGAGCAUCCCAGCAGUGAGGAGGCACCCAGCAGAACCAUCCCCACGGCCUGUGUUCGCCCAACUCACCCCCUCCGCAGCUUCGCCAACCCUUUGCUACCUCCGCCGAUGAGUGCAAUAGAACCGAAAGUCCCUUAUACACCACUUCUGUCUCAGUCAGUUCUCCCUGCAUUGCUCCUGACACAUGGGCCUACUCUUCCCAAGACUCAUGUGAAAACAGCCUCUCUUGGGUUGGCUGGAAAGGCAAGAUCUCCUUUGCUUCCUGUAUCCGUGCCAACAGCCCCUGAAGUGUCUGAGGAGAGCCACAAACCAGCAGAAGAUCCAGCCAACGUGUAUGAACAGGAUGAUCUGAGUGAACAAAUGGCAAGUUUGGAAGGGCUGAUGAAGCAGCUUAACGCUAUCACAGGCUCGGCCUUUUAACACGCAUCGCUGAAUUGACGAGCUGAAUUUUCGGGGACCUCUGCAGCAUUACCAGUUACCCAUGAACAGCACACCUGUAUCCAAGAAUGCUAACCAGUGUACAGGUCAACCGUCAAGACCACUCACUCCUGGAAGAUCCUGAAGCAGUUCCGAAAGAAGAAGCAGUCCUUCUUUCCUGGGCAUCAGGAGUUUCAAAAUGAGGACUCUGGGGUCCCUUAACAAAAGCAAAGAUACAUCUUCACUGCAAUGUCAAAGCUGGAGCUGCGAGAAUACUCGUGGGCCUUUGCCACUGCAGUGACUGACUGUCAUGACGAAUACGGAACGCUCUUCACAAGGCCUGUCAGCUUCUCCUGAUGGGUGGGUCUAGUCUUACAAAAGGCAAGUGCAUUAUUGAAGCCUGUACCCUGCCAUGGCAAACCAGCGCAAGCUCACUAUUUUGUUUUCAAAUAAUUUAAAGUACAGAGCACCCAUGGGAACUUUCUCACCAAAGGAUUGGAUGUUUUUCUGACAGCACAAAAAAGUAAGCGAGCAAACAGAAGGUGUACAUUCUGUAACGUGGUCACACUUGCACAGGUGCUGGGUAUCAGCAAGUGGCUGUGAAAUUCACCCAUGUUAGCAAGGUAUCUGUAAAUCCACCCUUGGUUAACACUGAUGUCUGGAGAACAGGAACAUUUAAAAAUCUCCAGCGAGGGACAUGCUGCCAACCACCAGUCCAUUCCCUGAAGGAGGAUACAACAUGCAAUCUUCUCAGACACGUGUUAAUUAUGAGCUUAAAACUUCUAACAGGACACUGUUCAAUCUGGGUGGCUUUUGUGCCAUCCCACACUGUGAUGAUAUUUCAAACUUCACCAAGUCCGUCUCCCUCAGAAGUCUGGCUGGAAGAGUUCUCCUCUCCACCCCAUCCCUCCCUGAGUCCUCCUUGGCAGCCAGCCCUGGGCAGGUGGCCAGCUCCACACAUUCCAUGCCACCCCCCAGCCCCGAUCUACCUUUCUGAAACCCUCUGUGGACGUGGCAGACCCAUCCCAUCCGAGGAAGGGAAGGAAAAUGGAAGGCAGUUUCAAACAGUACCUUCUCUUGCGUGAUGUCUCUUCCACCAACAGGGUCCUCACUGACUCAGAGCAGGCAGUGUUGGUGAGUGGCGACCACCAGGCUUGUUGUCAAGGAAACCUUCUGCACCACACCUGCCCAGAGUCAGAGAGGAACGGGGGGAAGACAUCGCUUGACACUUCUAACACAUCACCCUAAAUCCGGUGGAUGCUCUUUAAAAACUGCAUCUUCAUUAUGAGCUAGAACCUUAAACUCCUAUUGCCAUGUUUAUCUACAGCUUGCAACUAGGUGAAAUUAAAAACAUUGUGUGUGCACCCUUUUAGUUUCUGAAUUUGCAGCUGCAAAUUUGGAGUUAAUCCAUUUGUGCAGCUGAAUCGCCAAAAGGGAGCCCGUUUGCAUAUUUAUCUGUUAGGCAACUUGAAAACCCAAUAAGAGAGUUUCAGCUGAAUUAUUCCUUUCAGCUCUGCCUUUGAUUUCAAGCUUGAGUAGGUCAUAAUUUUAAAAGAGCAUGGAAGGAAUAGGAUCUUUACAACCUAAUAGCUCCUUUUAUUAGGUGGGUAAUUAUAUAUGAA